GGCGGCGGCGGGUCGAGCGACGGCGACGGCGACGACGAGUACGUCGUCGACGUCGACUACCCGGAGUGGGUGCCGGAGUUUUUGAGGUUUAAUCGAGAGGAUAUAGCGACGGUGUUGAUCACGUUCGCGGUGUCGCUGGGAUUCAGACACUUUGUGGCGGAGCCGAGGUACAUUCCGUCGCUGUCGAUGUAUCCGGUGUUCGACGUCGGCGAUAGGUUGAUCGCGGAGAAGCUGACGUAUCGGUUCAAUCGCGAGCCCAUGGCGGGAGACGUGGUGAUCUUUAAUCCACCGAAGACGCCGAAAACGAUGAAGGUGAGCAAUGAGGUGUUUAUUAAGCGCGUCGUGGCGGUGGCGGGCGAUACGGUGCAGGUCAAGCGCGGCGAGCUCUUCGUCAACGGCGUCUCGAGAGGGAAAGAGUUAAAGCUCGAGCCGAUCAAGUAUCAGUACGGCCCGUUCACCGUGCCCGAGGGCGACGUGUUCGUGAUGGGCGAUAACAGAAACAAUUCUUUCGACUCCCACGUCUGGGGACCGCUGCCGAAAAAUCGCAUCAUCGGCCGCGCCACGGCCAAGUAUUGGCCGCCGAACAAAAUCGGCGGA